UCGGCGGGCGGCAGUCUCGUGUCCUUCGAGGUCGACAGUGGACGUGGGAAAGGGAGAGAAAGUGUGAGCGAAGAAAAAAUAAACAAGACUUUUAGAGUGGUAGUGAUGGUGGUGUCCGUGGUAUAGUGCGGGAUAAGUGCUGCGAUUGGCGUAUUGUGAUUAGUAUCCUCCGAGAUGCAAGAGCUCUGUGAAUAUAACGGAAAUGCUAUAGACUGAAUCCGAAGGGGAACAAAGCCUCAUUAUUUUCGUGCUAGUGAAAUCCGGCGUGUGACCGUAGACUUAUUCAAAAGAACAAAUCAAAGGGCAUCAUGUUGGCGCUGAAACGGAUAUUGGAGGGAGAGGAAGCCCACAUGGACCUCUCGGCCCUGACGGAGACCGAGCGGGACGCCAUCUUGGCCGUGCUCGAGCGGGACCAGAUGCUCCGAAAGCAAGACAAGCAGCGGGUCUA